CCAAUGGGAAUAGAGAUGGGCGUGUCCCCGCAAAAAAUUCAAGCGGCAGUUGCUUCGUUAGCUGUAGUGUGUGCUAAUAGACUCGUGUACGGAGUUACGAACAAACGCUAUAUUUAUUUUGAUUAAAUAAUUGGUGAGCGAUCGGAUAAAGCGAUGGAAACUGUGACGGAAGAAGACGCAUCUAAACUAUCUAAGAUAGAGCUACGCAAACUGAAAUUGGCAGAAUACCUCGAUGGCAAAAGGCAGACUGAAAGACACCCUAAUCCAAAGAGGUUGUCUACGGCUGAAGGAAAGGAGAAGUGUGGCACAGAUAUAAAAGAAGUGAAGAUGUCUCUGGACGGGUCACCCCCCUGCCCUCAGAAGCACACAUCCGAGCCCUCUCCAUCCAGUCAACAAGGCCUUCAGCCUCCGAAAUUACCGAGGACGAGCGGCUGUCAAAUCAACCUCAUGUGCCGAUUGAAAGUCACAAGACCAGUUAAUAACAACCCAGACGGAAAUGCAAGAGAAACCGUGCUUUCUAAAAACACAGAUCUCCAGCCCAACUCCAAAUUCCAGACUGGGUCCCGGCACUCAAGGAGUUACGGACCGUUCCGCGAGAUGGAGCGCAGAAGCCCACUGCAGCUCAGGAGCGACCGACUGCGUAAGCUCCAGGAGUGGAGGGAGUCCAGGAGCAUCACAUAUAAACGCCCCCCCAUGCCUGUCCGGCUGGUCAGGAGGAAGACGGUUUCUGCUCUUCCUCAGCCCUACUGGACUUCUAUGGAGAAUGAAGAUGAGGUUCAUGACAUUGUCUCCGCUGUGGACCGAUCGCUGGAUGACUGCAUUCAAUUAUUACAGCAGGGUUUCCCGGCGGAGCGGGUCAGAGACGUGCUGUCUCGGGUGCCAAUGGCACAGAAGUUUGCUAAAUACUGGAUCUGUCAGGCCAGACUGAUGGAAAGAGAGGGAGACCUGGAGGUGCUGGCCAUGUUUCAGGAGGCCAUCCGUGUGGUCAGAGAGCCGGUGGAUGAGCUGCGUUCUGUGGUUUUUGAGAUCCUUAAAAAGAGACAGAGUCAAGGUAAAGUUCGUCUUCUGACGCCAAAAGACUCUGAGGCUGAAGAGACCGGAGUGUGUGAUGAAGAGGACGGCGAUGACAUCAUACACACCCCAAAACACAUCAGUGCCCUCAUAUCUGGAGCGAGGGGAGACUCGUCUGUCGUCAAGUACCACCAGAUCUCAGCCACCCCGGGGGGCAAAAGGAGUCAGCGAGGAGCAGAAGCAGGACAAGUGGACGGUCAUGAGAUCCGCUUCUUUACCCCGGUGCGCCGCUCGGUGCGGAUCGAGAGAAGCGCUCGGCGUUAUCCCACAGCGUUGCAGGAACACGAGCCCUGUGUGACCUCUCUCUGUGAGCUUGCAGGUGAGCGUCAGGAAGAGGUCAAAGGUCAGAGCUCUCCUGUGUAUGUGUACCGUGAGAACGAAGCGCUGGCAGACCGCGUUCACGUCACGCUCGUUUAUCCAGAGGAGGAUGAGACGUGA